UUGUCUUUCCUGUCUAAAGUCUCUGGCAGCAGGCUUGUUGGUAGCUUGACUGUGCAAAGACGGCAAGAAGCGACCGACCGGCGGGGGAGGCAGGCAAGGCAAAGUAAAGGACAGGGGGAAUUUAGGCUGUGUCCCGUAUUUGGAAUAAUCAAGACUACAGCUUUGCGCUUGACGUGAAGCGAGCUCCUCUGUAACCUUCAAAAAGGACCCGCAUUUUGACGGCUAACUUAACGUUACUGCUGGAACUGUUGAACUAGCUAACCGUCGUUUGGAACUGUGAAGAAACUACAGAGAUAUUUGAUUUCUGGACGAAGAAUGGGAUUUAGUGAACAUAUCUGCCAGCAUUGAGUUGUGAAAACAAGGGAAUAUUUUCCAGUUGGAUGGAAAAAAACAUACUGUCGAAAGGGGCAAAAUUCAGUUAAGCCCUGUUAACACUGUGUACGUUAUAUGUCAACUCCUGGAAAAAAAAGGGGCAACGAUGGCAUUUAGGAACGAAGAAAAGUAACAUUAACGGUAGCUAACUGGCUAGCUAAAUAGCUAACAUAGCAGGCUGCUAACUAAGCCUGUGUCGCCCUUCCAUUCCUGGAGUAGAGGAGGGGCGCUGGGGCUUUGUAGCAUUGCAGAUCUGCCUUGCAUUUUUGAGUUGCUGCAAGAAUGGAGAAUCCCAAAUAUCUGCCACCACAACUCAGGGGUUUCUGUUGAACCACAUCGACUCGAUAUUUGUUCCAUUUCUCACACAGAGAAGACCAGAAAACUGCCAGCUUACGUUGGGAUUUCAUCAAAAUCAGCCGGCCCGGGGCAGACAGGGUCUGUAAUUGUGACUACUUCUUUUCGUAUAUGUCCUGUGGGGAUAGGUAUUUUAAAAUGGGGAAGUGCUACACUUCAUAGAUACUGGAUCUUGAGAGGGAGAUCAUGAACUGGCCGGUUUUAACGCGGAAUUAGCCCCUGCUUGUGCUCAACUCAAAGUUUUCUUUUAUUAUUUUCGAGACAUAUUCAAGGUGAGAGAAGUUCUUUGCAGGCCCCUUCUGUGCUAACUACCAGGCCGAGGAGGUGUUUGGCCAUUUCGCUCCCCCAUCUCAUCCAUCACCAUUACUUCAAAAAUCAACAAGCCGGAAUAACGUGAUCAUGUCGGGCGAGGUGCGUUUGAAGAAGCUGGAGAACCUGAUCCUGGACGGGCCAGCUCGGUCCAAUGGCCAGUGCCUGAGUGUGGAAACGCUGCUGGACAUCCUGGUCUGCCUUUACGAUGAGUGCAACAACUCCCCACUCAGAAGAGAGAAAAACAUCCUGGAGUUUUUGGAUUGGGCGAAACCCUUCACUUCCAAAGUGAAGCAGAUGCGCCUGCACAAGGAAGACUUUGAGAUCCUCAAGGUGAUUGGUCGAGGAGCGUUUGGAGAGGUUGCAGUCGUAAAAGUGAGAAACACCGACAAGGUAUUCGCCAUGAAGAUUCUCAACAAGUGGGAGAUGCUGAAGCGCGCUGAGACGGCGUGUUUUCGCGAGGAGCGGGACGUGUUGGUAAAUGGGGACUGCCAGUGGAUCACCACCCUGCACUACGCCUUCCAGGACGACAAUAAUCUGUACCUGGUCAUGGACUACUAUGUUGGUGGUGAUCUGCUGACUCUGCUCAGUAAGUUUGAGGACCGGCUGCCGGAGGAGAUGGCCAGGUUCUACCUGGCUGAGAUGGUGCUGGCCAUCGACUCCGUCCACCAGCUCCACUACGUCCACAGGGACAUUAAGCCCGACAACAUUCUGUUGGACAUGAACGGCCACAUCCGCCUGGCUGACUUCGGCUCCUGCCUCAAACUGAUGGAGGACGGGACGGUCCAGUCCUCUGUGGCGGUGGGGACUCCAGACUACAUCUCCCCAGAAAUCCUCCAGGCUAUGGAGGACGGGAAGGGCAAGUAUGGUCCUGAGUGUGACUGGUGGUCCCUGGGAGUCUGCAUGUAUGAAAUGCUGUACGGCGAGACUCCUUUCUAUGCAGAGUCCUUGGUGGAAACCUAUGGGAAGAUCAUGAACCACAAGGAGCGGUUCCAGUUCCCACAGCAGAUAACAGACGUGUCCGAGGACGCCAAGGAUCUGGUACGCCGGCUCAUUUGCAGUCGAGAGCACCGAUUGGGCCAGAACGGCAUUGAGGACUUCAAGCACCACCCCUUCUUCAUUGGCAUUGAUUGGGAAAACAUCCUUACGUGUGAGGCGCCGUACAUCCCUGAGGUCAGCAGUCCUACAGAUACCUCCAACUUUGAUGUGGAUGAUGACUGCCUGAAGAACUCGGAGACCAUGCCCCCUCCCUCUCACACUGCCUUCUCUGGCCACCACCUGCCCUUUGUGGGCUUCACCUACACCAGUAAAUGUACCCUAUCUGACCGGGCCUGCCUGCGACAGCUGGCAGGGGAGCCGAGUAAGGCAGGCCGGGACCAAUUGGACCUGGAUGUCCAGCGAAGCCUGGAGGACAGCCUGGCCACAGAGGCUUACGAGAGGAGGAUCCGUCGCCUGGAGCAGGAGAAAGUAGAGCUGAGCCGCAAACUCCAAGAGGCGACUCAGACGGUGCAGGCCCUGCAGCACCCAACAGGCGAGGGCCCUGUCAGCGCCAACAAGGAGGUGGAGAUCAGGAGUCUAAAGAGCGAGAUUGACAUCCUCAAGAAGCAGAUCGCUGAGUCGGGCCAACGGGAGAAGCAACUGGAGGACGUGUCGUCGGCGCGCAGGGAUUUGGAGGACUCAUCCAAACACGCCAAGACUCUGGAGAAACAGAUGAAGAGCGUUACACAGGAGAGGGAUGAUAUGCACAAGGAUCUUGCUGAGUCCAACGAGAAGCUGAAGUCUCAGUCGAAAGAGCUGAAGGAAGCCCACAGCCAGAGAAAACUGGCCAUGCAGGAGUUUUCUGAGCUUAACGAGAAACUCACAGACCUCAAGUCGAUGAAGCAGCGUCUGGCUCGCCAGUUGCGCGACAAGGAGGAGGAGAUGGAGAGCCAGACUCAGAAGCUUGAGGCGCUUCGCCUUGAGGUGCGGAAGUCUGAGAGGGCCAGGAAAGAGAUGGAGGUGCAGACGGAGGAGAAGACAGCGGAGGCUAUGAAAGAGAGGAAGCUGAGAGAGCGUAAUGAGCAGUAUAGCCGACAGCUGGAGGAGGAGUUGGAAGGGCUUAAGCUGAAGCAGGCCGGCUCCUCUGCUGCCCCGGCCUCAGCGGACCAGACCCAGGAGGUGGGCCGCCUGCGGGGAGAUCUGGAGAAGAAAACGCUCCUGUACGAGGAGGAGUUGGCACGCAGGGAAGCGCAGCACAGCUCGGAGCUGAAAGCCCUGCGCAAGGAGCUGCGGGACGCUGAGAGCCAACACCUCGCCCUGCAGAAAGAGAUCCUGAUGCUCAAAGACAAGCUGGACAAGACUCGACGCGAGAGUGAUGAUUGCAUCAGCCAAAGCGAGCGAGAAGAGAUGGAGACGGAGAACAAGCAGAAGUACGACAGGGAGAGAGUCCUGCUUACUGAAGAAAAUAAGAAGCUGUCCAGUGAACUGGAUAAGCUGACCAGCAUGUUUAAGAAGGUGAGCGACUCCAACAGGCAGCUGGAGGAGGAGAUGAGGGAGCUGGCUGACAAAAAGGAGAGUGUAGCUCACUGGGAGGCCCAGAUAACGGAAAUCAUCCAAUGGGUGAGUGAUGAGAAGGAUGCUCGGGGCUACCUGCAGGCUCUGGCUACUAAGAUGACAGAAGAGCUGGAGGGACUGAGGAACACCAGCCUAGGAGCGAGAGCCACGGACAUGCCGUGGAAGAUGCGCCGCUUCGCAAAGCUGGACAUGUCUGCCCGUCUGGAGCUGCAGUCGGCCUUAGACGCUGAGAUCAGAGCCAAGCAGAGCAUCCAGGAUGAACUGAACAAGGUCAAGGCCAACAACAUGUCCACAGAAUGUAAACUGCAGGAUGUGGAAAGUAAAAACCAGGAGCUCCUGGCUGAGAUCGAGCGGCUGAAGAAAGAGACAGAGGAGCUGCGGCUACGAAGGGGCGUCAAGCACCAGGAUUCCCAGAAUUCCUUCUUGGCUUUUCUCAAUGCCCCCACCUCAGCCCUCGACCAGUUUGAUGACUCUUAUUCCUCAUCCUCAUCUUCUUUAAUUGAGUUUUGGGAAGACCGCUCGCCCUCCGUUGGCCCAGCUAGCAAAGGCAGACGCGUGGACUCUAUGGAUAACUUCACCCCCUCCAACACUCCAUCCCGGGAAGAUGACCCCAAGUCCCUCCUCAAGUCCCGAUCGCGGUCACCCUCCAUGGCUAGUGAUAUGGAGCCCAUAGAGUUGAUAGACCAUCCUCCUCGUUCAAUCCAGACCCCCACCAUGCGCUCAGGGGGUUACGGCAGUAUUGGACGCUCCUCUCCUAAGCCCAAAGCACAUCAGUUUGUGGUGAAGUCAUUCACCACGCCCACUAAGUGUAACCAGUGCACUUCCCUCAUGGUGGGGCUCAUACGUCAAGGCUGUACCUGUGAAGUGUGUAACUUCUCUUGCCAUGUAACGUGUGCGGACAAGGCUCCGGCUGUGUGUCCCGUGCCCCAGGACCAGACCAAGGGCCCGCUGGGUAUUGACCCUCAGAGGGGUAUUGGUACUGCAUAUGAAGGCCACGUCAGGGUGCCCAAGCCUACAGGGGUGAAGAAGGGUUGGCAGAGGGCAAUGGCUGUGGUGUGUGACUUCAAACUGUUUCUCUACGAACUGGGAGAAGGAAAAGUAACGCAACCAAGUGUAGUAGUCAGCCAAGUCAUAGAUAUGAGGGAUGAAGAGUUUUCAGUCAGUUCUGUCCUGGCUUCUGAUGUCAUCCACGCCAGCCGCAAAGACAUCCCUUGUAUAUUCAGAGUGACAGCGUCCCAGCUCUCCCCCUCCAGCAACCACAAGCCCUCCAUCCUGAUCCUGGCCGACAGCGAUCAGGAGAGGAACAAAUGGGUGGGCCUCCUCAACGAGCUCCACCGCAUCCUCAAGAAGAACAAGCUCAAGGAGCGCUUUGUCUACGUCCCCAAGGAGGCGUACGACAGCACCCUGCCGCUCAUCAAGACAACACAGUCUGCUGCUAUCAUAGAUCACGAGCGCGUCGCCCUGGGCAACGACGAAGGCCUUUUUGUCAUCCAUGUCACCAAAGAUGAAAUAAUCCGGGUGGGGGACAACAAGAAGGUGCACCACAUCGACCUGAUUCUCCAGGAGCAGCUGCUGGCGGUCAUCUCCGGCAGGAACCGUCACGUCCGUCUCUUCCCCACGCAGGCCCUGGACGGCCGCGAGGCAGAGUCCUUCAAGCUGGCUGAGACAAAGGGCUGCCAGACCAUUGUCUCCGGCCCCAUCCGCAACGGCUCGCUCACCUGCCUCUGCGUGGCCAUGAAGAAACAAAUCAUCUGCUACGAGGUGAAUAAAAGUAAAAACCGUCACCGUCGGCUGCCAGAGGUGCAGGUGCAGGCCCCGGCGCCCAUUCAGUGGAUUGGUCUGCUCAGCGAGCGGCUCUAUGUAGGAUACCAGUCUGGCUUCACCCGCUACAGUUUCCACGGCGACAUGGACCCUGUCAACCUCCUCCACCCCGAGGACCACACCCUGGCCUUCAUCCCCCAGCAGGCCCUGGACGCCCUCUGCGCCGUGGAGAUCUCCAGCAAGGAGCUGCUGCUGUGCUUCAGCUCCAUCGGCGUCUACGUGGACUCCCAGGGCCGCCGGUCGCGGCAGCAGGAGCUGAUGUGGCCCGCUGUUCCCAACUCUGCUUGCUACAACGCCCCCUACCUGUCGGUGUACAGUGAGAACGCUAUCGAUGUGUUUGAUGUCAACACCAUGGAGUGGAUUCAGACCAUCCCUCUGAAGAAGGUGCGACCUCUGAACGUUGACGGCUCUCUGAACCUGCUGGGACUGGAAACAGUCCGGCUCAUCUUCUUUAGAAACAAGAUGGCCGAGGGUGACGAGCUGGUCGUCCCGGAGACGUCAGACAACAGCAGGAAGCAGAUGGUGCGCAGCAUGAACAACAAGAGACGCUUCUCCUUCAGGGUGCCUGAGGAAGAGCGACUUCAGCAGAGGAGAGAGAUGCUGCGAGAUCCAGAGAUGAGGAACAAGCUGAUCUCCAACCCCACCAACUUCAAUCACGUGGCCCACAUGGGACCAGGAGACGGGAUCCAGAUCCUUAAAGACCUGCCCAUGAACGUUCGUGUUCAGGAGAGCCGUGCGGGCUUCAGCGGUUCAGUCAGCAUCCCCUCCAUCACCAAGAACCGGGCCGAGCCGGGCCGUUCCAUGAGCGCCAGCAGCGGUCUGGGCAUACGCUCGUCCUCCCAGAACGGCAGCGCUCUGCGCAGGGAAAUGUCCGGAGGAAGCUACGGCAAGCGGCAGACCAUGACCUCGCCCUCGGAGAGCUCCCUGUCCUCGGGCGGGGGCAUGGACUGUGUUGAUGCUCCACUCUCACAGUUCGACAGAGAGUGGCAGGCAGUCUCACCGUCGGAGAAGACCCCCGAUCUGAAAAGGGCUUUAAGGACCCUGCUUAGUAAGAUGAAGGACGGACUCCCCCCGCCACUCGACGGCCUCCAACAGCUCCACCUUCAGCAGCCCUCCCAGUCCCGCCUCCCCACACAAGACCAAGUCCCUGUCCCUGGAGAGCACAGACCGGAUGAACUGGGACACAUGAGCCUCGGCCAGUCUCUCGCCGCCCGAACCCCCCCCCCCCUUGACCCUCCAACCGACAGCACAGGACUCCAAGCCCUCCUCUCCCUCUCCACCGCAGCUUCUCACACCCUCUCUGUUGAUUUCCGCUCACUGCCCAGAGAACUGCACCACCCGGUGAACAUUUGUCCCACUUCACAACCUCAAUCUGUCUCUCAUCUUACUUCCAAGACGGGGCAGAAACACUGAGAAAGGGUCCGUAGUCUCUGUGAGGGAAAUUCUGACGGAGAAGUUAUGAAAAAUGAGUGGUAUGUGUACAUGUGCGUGCUGAUGUUUGAGAGAGAGUGUGUGUGUGUGUGUGUGUGUGUGUGCGCCUGUAUGUGUGUGUGUGUGUGGUGUGUGUGUGUGUGUGUGUGUGUGUGUGUGUGUGUGUGAAGCUGUAUGUGCUCGCCAGCGUGUGUGCAUGUGUUUCAUGCAGAAAGGGCGUAAGAUAUAGGAAUGAAAACCUCCCGACUUGGCUCUUUUUAUUUUUUUUUGCUAUUAACCGAAGCGUCGAGCUUCGUGGACACACCGGUGUCCACCGCGGCCCCUGAAACCUCACCAUGCAACAAGAGAAGAGGGUUAUUAUUGAGAGAAAAUGAUUUGUACUUGUAUAUAGGACCCUUUGGGUUUUAGGGGACAAUACUUUAAUUUAUUUAUCAAUCUUAGACAAGUAAAGGGAGGUUUGCUUCAUGGCCUGAAUCAGACGGGUGGCGUUGAACCCCUCCUCACUUCCCUCCUUAGCUUUCUCUUUGGGUGCUGCAAAAAAAGAAAAUGUAAAAAAAUUUAAAAAAAGAAAAAGAAAAAAAAAAAUAGAGAGAAAGAGAAGCAAUGAUUUUUGUUUUUAUCUUUUGCUCAUGAUAAGUGCAGUGACUUUAUGAUAUAUAUUUUUUUUGACCGUCAGCAAAAAGCUACAAGCAGCGUUAUUAAUGCCAGCUUGUGUGACAUCACCACAGCUACUCUCUUCCUCAUUGGUCCAUUGCGUGUGACAUCAUCCAGCAGCCCUGGACGAUUCCUUUACUGUAGUGUAGACGUUCCACUUUGCUGUACAACCAAACUGACCAACUCACAGGUUCCCAUCACAAUAAUGUACAUAGGUUCAAAGUAGAGAGUAAUAUAUGAUAAGGAAAAUACUAUUAAGAACUACACGGGAAAGACAAAAAAAUCCUUUUAUUUUCCUUUUUUGUUUGUUUUGAGAGUGAUUUAGGGGUUGUAUUCACACAAAAAGCCAUUUUAAACCACUUUCCAGUUUUCAUUUUUUUUACCAAUUGAUUUUAGAUUUGUUUGUUUUAUAUUGUAUGUAUGACACGCAUUGUGUGUUGUUGUUUUUUUUCCCCACUCGGUUGGCGUUUGAGCGAAGAAAACUCAUGUAUGGAUUGACACUACUGCCCGUAGACAUACCUUAUAGUGAACGUGUGCAUUUAUCACACACACACACAUACACACACACACAUUCAGAGGUGGUGUUUUUAUGCAGCAAAUGCCUUGUCCUGCUCCUCCUCUGACUGUUUGAGAAGAACUGAUCAUUUAAUCAACGGUUAGUGUGUAUGUGUGUGUGUACCUGGAUGGAAAGAUCGGUCCUUCCACUGAGAUUUCCACUCGAUUUAACCAAAAAUGGACA